CACUUUACACCAAAAUUCUCUUCCUUUUGCAGCAAUGGCGAUUUCCUUUACAACAUCAUCUUUCUCUCUUCUUCUUCCUCUUCUUUUUCUUCUUCUCUCUUCCGCUUCCACCGCACAUCCACUAAGGGCUUGUAUGUUCGACGCAAUAUACCAACUCGGCGACUCGAUCUCCGACACCGGAAAUCUGAUCCGUGAAAAUCCUAAUACUACCUUCUCUCACCUUCCCUAUGGUGAAACCUUCUUUCAUGGUGCUACUGGYCGCUGCUCCAAUGGCUURCUCAUGCUCGAUUACUUCGCUUUAGAUGCGGGACUUCCAUUGGUGAAUCCUUAUCUAAAUAGGGACGCUUUGACAAAUCACGGAGUCAAUUUUGCAGUGGCUGGUUCUACAGCUUUGUCUUUCGAGGCUCUUCUCCGCAAUAAAAUACUUUCUCCGGUUACCAAUUCUUCUCUCGAUCAUCAGCUUGGUUGGAUGCACUCUCAUUUUGAAUCUAUUUGUCUAAAUGAAAGAGAUUGCAUUGAGAAGUUAAGGAGUGCUUUGUUCUUGGUGGGCGAGAUUGGUGGGAAUGAUUAUAAUUAUGCACUAUUUCAAGGUAAAACUAUUCAAGAGGUGAAAGAUAUGGUGCCAGAUGUUGUUCAAACCAUAAAGAAUGCAGUUGAGAAAGUGAUAAGUUAUGGUGCUACUCGAGUCAUUGUUCCUGGAAACUUUCCNAUUGGAUGUUUACCCAUCUAUCUCACCGGAUUCCAAACCAAUGAUACAACCGCUUAUGAUGAACUUCAUUGUUUGAAGGGUUUGAAUAGUUUGGCCAGUUAUCACAAUGAUCAAAUCAAGCAAGCCAUUGAAGUACUGAAAAGGGAGAAUCCACAUACUGUUAUUGUAUAUGGCGACUACUAUAAUGCAUUGCUUUGGAUUCUUCGUCAUGCUUUUGUGCUCGGAUUUGAUGAAGCUUCUUUGCAAAAAUCAUGUUGCGGGAUUGGAGGCAACUACAACUUUAACCUCAUGAAGAUUUGCGGACUUCCUGGUGUACCAGUUUGUCCAAACCCUCAUGAACAUAUAAGUUGGGAUGGAAUCCAUUUGACGCAAAAAGCUUACAAAUUCAUGGCAUAUUGGCUCAUCCACGACAUCUUCCCAAAAUUGCACUGCAUUUUUUAAAUUUAGUUCGUGUGGUUUAUAUUUAUGUUUUUUUAUUUUUAAAUCUUUACGAUUUAGUUAGGAUUUA